AUGGGAUUCGGCACCAUAAUCAGCCUCGGCCUCGUCGCUCUGGUCGCCUUUUUGGCUGGCCCGAUCAACCAUUUCGUGCAAGUCACAGGAUUCUUCCGGACUCUCAAUCCGACAGUGCUAGGUGAAGGCCAAGGCCCAAUCCAUAUUGAAGAUACCAUCCAUUGCGAGGAUUUGCACCAUUACCGCCCAGCGAACCUGCUGUUCACUGCCUGCGAGGACGACAAGAGCACGCGGUUUAGUUGGUUCCCGCCGUUAGGCCACAUGUUGCCACGCACGACCCAGGGCUCUAUCCAUGUUGUGAAUCCCAAGACGAUGAAAUCAACCCGUCUGGCAUUCGAAAACUUCCAAGAUCCCUUCUCGACACAUGGAAUCGACGUUAUUGCGGAUCCCAAGCAGUCAAACGCAGUCUACAUCUACGCCGUCAACCACAAACCCAACGCGGCAUACUUUGAAGCCGGCGAGCCUGAAGACGUCCCCAAAGCCGGGUCUCAAAUCGAGCUCUUCCACCACAUCCUGAGCUCCAAUUCCAUCAGACAUGUACGCUCAAUCAACCACCCGCUCAUCAGAACCCCCAACGACCUCUAUGCCAUCAACCCUGUCUCCUUCUACGUCACCAAUGACCACUUCUACCGCGAGGGUCCCAUGCGGCUCAUCGAAGAUUCCUGGCGCGAUGCCAAGUGGUCCAACAUCAUCCACGUACAGAUCGCAGAUCUAGCAAGCAAAGACGCACCCAUCGAAGCCUCCGUUGCGUUGACGGGUCUAAGGAACAACAAUGGUCUCGGGCAUGGGCGCACCGACAACGAAAUCAUCAUUUGCAGUGCUAUGAGUGGAGAGAUGUUCCUCGCAACCCAACACGAGUCCAACUACUCGAUCUCCAUCGAUACCUCGUUCUCCUUUGGUUCUGUCGCUGACAACCCGUCCUACUACCACGAUCCAUACCGCACCGACUCGCAUGAUGCGAGCGGAUUCCUUGUGGCCGGUGUCUCGCAGGCUAUUUACUUAAUGGCUAACUCUAAGGAUCCGAACGCCUUGGAUGCUAUCCAGGUGUGGUAUACCACUUUCAAUUCGCGCACUGGGCUAUGGGAGAAGAAGGUGCUGUUUGAGGAUGAUGGGUCUAGGAUUCGGACUGCGAGUGCGGCCGUUUUGGUGCCUAUUGAGCCUAAGGUUGAUGGUAAAAAGCUUGCUUGGUUGUUUGUUACUGGGUUUAUGUCGGAGGGUAUGGUGGCUGUACAGGUUGAGCUGUAG